UCCUUAAAUUUUGUUUGCAAAAAAACUUAUUUUUUUAAAUAAAAUAUUUAAAAAAUAUUUGCAAGCAAUCUUAACCAUGGAAUCAACAACCACAUCAACUUUAGAUAAAUUUGGCGAAGAAGAUAUCUUCAGUACAGUGCUACGCUAUGGCCUGUAUGUGGGUGCAAUUUUUCAACUAAUUUGCAUAGGUUCAUCGAUUUUCUUGCCCAUCUCACAAGAAACUCAAGGAAAUGAUGGAGAAAUUGGUGAAGAACAAAAACAAUCAACGGAUAUUAUAAAUGCCGCUCGAAGGCAACACAAAAUCCGGAAGCUGGAAAAAAAGAAACGACGUUAGAGGAGAUUUUUCUCUUAUUUUUUAUUUUUUAUUUAAAACAAAAAAAAAAAAUAACAGAUUUUUUGCAUUUAUUGUGAUUUUAUACUUAAUUUAGGAAUUAAACAAUUUUAAUAAAUUAUGAUUUAAAUUUAA